GAAAGCAAUGGGAUCUUUUGAUUUGUUAUGUAUCUGUUUGUUUUGAUUUCAAAGUAGCUCCUCUAUUCCACACUUUCAGCUGUGAAACGGAUGACUUAUAUCCAAUGCCUAAUGGUUAAACUGUCCUCUAAUAUAAGGAGGCAGUUUUAAAGAAACCAAUUAAAGUGUCCUCCUACAUAUGUUGCAGUAUCUAUAAUUUAGUUGUGAAAAGUCAUUCAAGGGAGCAAAGAUUUGCAGAAGGUACCUCCUGUUCAGAGUACCUUAGUGUCAUGUGUGUGGAUGUACUUGUGUGAUGGGUAGAUGGUGUGGACAUCUUCAUACUCAGAACAAGCGUACUGAGCUUAUUAGGUGUUCAGUAAAGACUUGCUUAACACCAUGGAGUAACAUUUUACUCAGAUAGUCUUUAAAGUGGCCUCCAUUUUAAAAUUAUCUUUGGUAUCUACUUAAAAUAAAGAAAUAAUUUAGGAAAGAAAUACUAUCGUCUAUUUUUCUCCAGUAUCCAAUGACUACUUCAGAGGAUAUUUCUUUGAUCUGCCAAGAAACAAGUAAUUUUUUGCUAUUUAAUAAAUGCACAGUAAUUUUCACAUAUUUAAAACAAACAUGUUUUAGUAAAAACUGCGCAGUCUGGUACAUACCUUCAUUUAACUAAAAAGAAUUAUAACAUUUUGGGCAGUUUUAGUUUCCUGUUGGUAUGUGUCUUUAUCAGUGAAGAUACUGCAUUUGAGUAGUUGAAGUGCUAAACUAUCAUUAUUGUCUUUAUAGAUAUCUCAUUUCAGGCUAUUUAAAACUCCUGAUUCCGGUGGAGAUAUAUAUAUAUACAUACACACAUAGAUAUGCAAACACAUAGUCAUACUGUAUCCUGAGAAUCCUCAGAGCCAUUCAUUUCUGUUAUUUUAAAUCUGAGAACAUUAAGCUACCUUUCUAAAAUGAUUAGUAGCAAAUAUUUACUUAACAUCCAAUAUACUUCUCACUAUUGGUAAAAUAACGAAUACCUUCCCUAUCUCUAAUCCAAGCUAAUCUAAUCUAAUCUAAUCUAAUCUGAUCAAGAGAUGGGACAUCAUGUUUUGGAGACAAUACAACUUUUGACUCAAAACUAUCUAUGUGUAGAGGCAUAUGUGUGUGUUUGUGCUAGAGCCUGAACCCUGGGCUUCACACAUGCUAGACAAGUAAGCAUUCUGCAAAUGGACUACAGCCUCAGCCCUUCAAAACCAUAUUUUUUUAUUGCAGGAAAAAAGCUACAUUUCUUUAUUCUCUAAAAAAUUGACAGCAAUUUUAUUCUGAAUGUUAUAUAGCAAGAAAGCACAAAGCCAUUAUAGAUGUCUCUGUCCCAUUUUGUCCCUUAUCCUUGCUUCAGUCAUAGAAGAAAAAUCCAAUUAGUGACUACUGACCUACCACAAGUUUAAGGGAAAAGGGUUGGUUCAAAAGACGUGAGUCAAAAGUGCAGACAGGCAGGAGUAUUGUUGUAAACAGCCCGUGCACAUCCCAAGUAUAAAUAGGAUCAUGAACAAGCCACAAAGGACCCCAGUGGUCACCAGAACUCAGGAAAUGGGGUUGAAGCACCAGUCAAGGCCGCUUUCAUUAGACACACACUGACUUCCCCUCAGCAUUUGCUGGAAGGCUAUUGUCUAGUCAUAUGGUGAGUGGGAUGAUUCAGAAGACCAUGUGAGUCACUACUGCACCAGCUACCUCUUUCUCUUGAGUCAGAACCAAUGGUAAUAAAUGGUUAGGGUCUAAGGACAAAUGAACACUGUCUGGAGCUUUUGGUUUGAUUUAUCUUUGGAGGGGUGUAGUUGGUUUCAGAAAGUUAUUCCUGCAGCCAGGAGUCAGUGGUAAAAGUUCAUAAAGACAACUUUUCUUAUACAAUAAUAACUAUGUGAAUGAAUACAAGUUAGUCAUAAUUUAAAAUAAUUAUCUGUCAAUAAAAGCAUCCCUAGUUUGGAAAUGUAUUGAAUCUAGACCCGUAGGUCCGUCGUAAAUUGAAGAGAAUGUUGCUCAUUAUUAUUUUAGUAAUUUUCAUUUAUGACUGCAGAAAUAAGUAGGUAAAUGUAUGUUGUUAUAUAAUGAAAGUCUUUUUUAACUGUGUAUGAGUGUAUAUAUAUCAUCUAUCUGUCUGUCUAUCUAUCCUCUAUCAAUCACCUAUAUAUUAAUGUAUUAUCUGUAUGUCUGUCUGUCUAUCUGUCUAUCUAUCUAUCUAUCUAUCUAUCUAUCUAUCUAUCAACCUAUCUAUAUCUAUCUAUCUAUAGUUCUAUAGCAAUAUAUAUUUAACAGAGUUAAUUAACUAUUGCUGUAUUCGGUUUUCACUAGGAAAUUGUUAUUUGAAAACAGAAAGUACCCUUGGACAUGUUAUCAUGUCUAUACUUCCAGUACUUUAGAAGCUAAAGCAGGAUAAUGGGAUGCUUAAGACCAGCAUGGGCAACAUAGUGAAAGCCUGUCUCAAAAAAGUUCUCAGUUAUUUUUAAAAAAAGAAUUGUUUUCCUUUUGCUGAUGUAUUAGAGGCUACUUAUCACUACACUGAACAGUAUCAAUAUCUCUAAUCUAUGGAGAUGAACAGGUAUGGAAUAGAGUACGAUUGCCACUUUCAUUGAUACAAAAAUCAUAUGAAGUCUCAUUAGUCUCACUUCUACAUUUAAAAUUAGAAUAUAAUUGUCUCUUUCUGGAGACAAUAUGAAUUCACGGGAUCUUUCUUGAGCUGACAUUUAUAAGCAGUUUUUAGAUUAAAAAACAAACAAGCCAUCUGCUUUCCAAUAGCACAGCUGGUCAGCCCAUGGUUCAAAUUCAUAAGAUGGAGAACUAACCCUGAGUUAUUCUGUUAGCUUCUCAGCCUUUAAUGAAUGAAUGUUGUAUACACUUAGGUUCUGGGAUAAUACUGUAUAUGUGGGGAGCUUAAAUGUGAACAUUGCAUGAACUAGACCACAUUUUGAUCACUAUUUUUUAUCUGAAUAUUUUUAUCCACUCAUAAAUAUUUCACACCCAGUGACAAAGUUACUGUGGCAUGUGUUGUGGUGGGUACCACAAAGAGCAAGGGGCAGCUUGUACCUUCCACUACUUAGCAGCAAAUGCAGUAAACUGGGGGCAUUGUGAUGGCUACAGGAAGCAGACUACCACACCAGUGUCAGAUAGCUGCAACCUCACUGUCAUGGGCAUAAUAAAGAGAGCACAUACAACUACAACAGGAAGGGACACUUUAGGGCAGGUGACUUAACAAUGUUUUUAUUAGCGUGUAGUAACUAAUCACAACAACAAGGUUCAUUAUAAUAUUUUCACACAUGUACAUAACACAUUUUGAUCACGUUAUCCCCAGCACCGUCUCACGCCCCUCUCCUUUUUCUCAAGUACCCCACUCCAGUUUUCUGUGGUGUGUGUGUGUGUGUGUGUGUGUGUGUGUGUGUGUGUGUGUGUGUGUCCCAGUGAGUUUUCGAAGGCAUGAGAGAAGAUUUGUGCAUGGGGAAGGGGCACCUUGCCAAUGCCUACACCUCUCCCAUCAGGCAUUAACUGCUUAUAAAUCCUGAGGUAGGGUUGGGGUCGCACAAACCUCUCAUCCUUCUUCAGCAGGGUGUGGACAGGCCCAUUCUUGUACAGAACUUGUGCAGGUAAUCAUAGCUGCUAACAGUUCAAGAGAGCAACAACCAUGCCAUGCUCUGACGUCAGCUCUCCACACCACUCCCCCACUUACUCUGGCUCUGAUGUUCCUUCUGAUCCUUCUUCUACAAUAUUCCCUGAGACUUAGAGAGAGUCACAUAGAAGCAGGAAGGUGACUUUGAAGUUUGAUCUUGAUAAGAAAGAAAAGAAUUUUAAAAGGACUCCAGUAUGGAUUUUGAACUUGAAGAGCAUUUUAACAAGACAAUUGUCAAAAAGAACAUUACUGCGGCUGCUCAGAAUACUGCCUUUCCUGUCUGGGAUGACUACAGAGGUACAGAGAACAUUACUGCGGCUGCUCGGAAUGCUGCCUUUCCUGUCUGGGAUGACUACAGAGGCAGCGUAGAUGAUUUACAAUACUUUCUGAUUGGGCUCUAUACAUUUGUAAGUCUUCUUGGCUUUAUGGGAAAUCUACUGAUUUUAAUGGCGGUUAUGAAAAAGCGCAAUCAGAAGACUACAGUGAACUUUCUCAUAGGUAACCUGGCCUUCUCCGAUAUCUUGGUAGUGCUUUUUUGCUCGCCUUUCACACUGACCUCUGUCUUGUUGGAUCAGUGGAUGUUUGGCAAAGCCAUGUGCCAUAUUAUGCCUUUCCUUCAGUGUGUGUCAGUUCUGGUUUCAACUUUGAUUUUAAUAUCAAUUGCCAUUGUCAGGUACCAUAUGAUAAAGCAUCCCAUAUCUAACAAUUUAACAGCAAACCACGGCUACUUCCUGAUCGCUACUGUCUGGACCCUGGGCUUUGCCAUCUGCUCUCCCCUCCCAGUGUUUCACAGCCUUGUGGAACUUAAGGAAACCUUUGGCUCAGCAUUGCUGAGCAGCAAGUAUCUGUGUGUUGAGUCAUGGCCUUCUGAUUCAUACAGAAUUGCUUUCACAAUCUCUCUAUUGUUAGUUCAGUAUAUUCUGCCUUUAGUUUGUUUAACCGUAAGUCACACUAGCGUCUGCAGGAGUAUAAGCUGUGGAUUGUCCCACAAAGAAAACAGACUGGAGGAAAAUGAGAUGAUCAACUUAACUCUUCAUCCGUCCAAAAAAAGUGGGAACCAGGCAAAACCCCCCAGCAGCCAGAAGUGGAGUUACUCGUUCAUCAGAAAGCACAGGAGGAGGUACAGCAAGAAGACAGCCUGUGUCUUACCCGCUCCAGCAGGACAUUCCCAGGAGAAGCGUCCAACAGUUCCAGCAAACCUGGCCUCCGUCAGAAGUCAGCUCUCUUCAUCCAGUAAGGUCAUUCCGGGGGUCCCGACCUGCUUCGAGGUGAAGCCUGAAGAAAACUCAGAUGCUCGUGAGAUGCGAGUCAAGCGCUCCAUCACCAGGAUCAAAAAGAGAUCUCGGAGUGUUUUCUACAGACUGACCAUUCUGAUACUUGUGUUUGCCGUGAGUUGGAUGCCACUCCACCUUUUCCACGUGGUGACGGAUUUCAAUGACAACCUUAUCUCCAACAGACAUUUCAAGCUGGUGUACUGCAUUUGUCACUUGUUAGGCAUGAUGUCCUGCUGUCUUAACCCGAUCCUAUAUGGAUUUCUUAAUAACGGGAUCAAGGCAGACUUAAGAGCCCUGAUCCACUGCCUACACAUGUCCUGAUUGUCAUCAUUUACCGAGGGAAGGAGAAAGGUUGAGAUCGUCUAAAAUACAUCUGUGCUAAAGAUGUAUGUAUACAUUUAAUUUACAUGAAAGUCUUCUGGAUCUUGAUGCCAAUUCAUAAUGUAUGUGAGGUAAUUUUAAUGUUGUAAUAUGGUUAAUUCAGUUAGUUGUACAGAGUCAGUGUCAAUCUAAUCUGUAACGUCAUGUUUUAAAGUAGUUACAUUACCUUCCAUUUCAUGUCAUUGGUGAUAAAUGGGUAGUACUUUUUGUUUAUUGUAAAAGUUAUAGCUAAUUAAAUUGAUCUUUUGUACAAAGAUGUAAGAAGCAAAAAGGCUCUUACAAGGAAGAGUAUUUAACUAUAGAUUUAAGGAAUUUCUACUAUCUAGCUCUCCUCAUUUCUAUUUCAUGGGCUUCUUAAUCAUUUUUUGUAAAAGUACACAAAUAUUUAAUAUGCCCCCAAAGUCUGAACUAUAUUAUAGAUAUAUGCUUAAAUCACGAUUAUAAAUUUACAGAAGAAUGAUUAUGUCCUGUUACUGAAGAUUGGAAAAAUUGUCAGUUUAGUCUGGCUGUCCUACUAUGAAUAAGUAAUUAUCAAAUACAAAUAGAUUUUAAAUCUUGUUUAGAUUGAUAUCACAUUAAACACUGUCAAAUAAAGGUUGUUUUCAAGUAAA